AGAUGGAUCCUGUUCGACUGGCUUCAUACAGAUGUAUCAUGUGGUACAGCUCCUCAUCCCUGUUGUCUUUUCCAAAAUUGUCAAGUGCCGGGUUCCGCUACACACGCAACGGGUCAGUGGUCCGGUGUGACGGGUGUGGUAAAGCCAACGACCUGGAGGUCUUCGUACAAGACGGCUUCAUGCCCGAUCCUGGCCAGAGAGUGUUUCAUGCCGACCACUGUGUAUAUAUCAGUGAGGAAAACUGCACUGACUUCAAUGAUCACGACAGUAUGAGCAUCGAAGGAGGAAUGGUUGAGGGGACCCAAAAUUUGAACCAUGGGUGCAACACCUGUUUUAAUAGUACUGAUUUAAAGGACACUUUUAAUACUGGAGAUGGCGAGGAGAUUGUGUCCGUGGAGCAAGCACAGAAAAUAAAAAUUGAUAAUUUAAAAGAGUCAACAAAUGGACGGGUACAAGUGGACGCAUGUGACGUAACGAUGACAGGGACAGACAGCAAAUUUCAACACGGCGGUAAUCAAACAGAUAGCACGAUACAUCACGUAAGCCGCGUUGACAUGCGUGCACCACCAAUGUCAAACAAUGGACAGGAUGAUGCUAGUAAGCAAGAUAUUUAUCCUAUUUUAACUUUAAUUUUUAGCUUUGCCUAGGAAAGACGGGAAAUAUGUGUGCUCGAAGACACCGGAAAGUAGCUUAUUUUAAUUCUAAUUCCACGCAUAAGUAUGUUGGUCCGAACAAAUCCGAUAAACUAGGAAACAGUUUCACGUCAAAUGUAUAGUAAUUGUACAAUUGGCCUCCGCCCUAAAGUUUGCGCUAGCGGCCUACCCUUGCUUCGCAACAGUUGUGGAGAGAAUCAAAGGUAUUAUAAAACUACCUGAACAUUUUAAGCAUCUUAAAUCGUAAAGGCAUUCGUUUUUUGAAGACCUUAAUCGUAGCAAAGUCACUAUGAUUGUCUGAGAAAGGAAAACAAUUGUUAUGUAGCAGAUUUUGCAAUGUAACAGUGGGGACGCAGGGUUGUAUUAAAAAAACUCGGGGGAUAGACUUCAGCGGCACGCAUUGCCUAGGUAAGACGGGAAAUAUGUCUGCUGGAAGACACCGGCAAGUAGCAUAUUUUAAUACUAAUUCCACGCAUAAGGCAUUUUAUACUCUGAUGCCCUGAAGUGUAUCCGUGGAAUGCUUCUAUUCCACAGUUUUCAGCCAUGGCGCAUACAUACCAAACAAUCAGCUUGCACUCAACGAAGUGAUAUUUUAAACUGUUUCGGAAUGUUGCACAAAAGAGUUUCAGAAUGAUUUAAAUUGAAAGGGAGUUUGGGAGCAGAGUGGGGUGCCUUUACACCACUCAACAAAGUUGCUGUUGUACAUGAGGAGCCUUUCUAAAUCGCGCGCAUCAGACGCAACGAUAUUAACCGCCUCUACAAGUUCAGUUCAAAUUUUUAUAACUCUUUGAAUAACUGCUCCAGUAAUCUCAAAUAAUUCGUGAGAAAGUUCUCUUAGGUAGUCGCGAUUGGACUAAGUUCAUGAAACAGACGGUGAAGUGAGGCUAAAGUGCUUAAUGGUUGGGUUAGACAUCCAAAAUAAGAUGUGAUUUUUUUUAAAAUAGGAGCACUAAGCAUACAAAAUGUUGUAAACAAAUAAUAUACCGACAGGGUUUCUGAAUUAAUCUCAACACCAAAAAUGUCAAACAUUUCAAAACAUAAAUAAAAAACACGAAAACAAAAUCGUUUGCAAAAGAAACAUGAGGGAAGCCGAUAUAGAACUCAUCGCUGAGACCAUUCCAGCUGGCGAACAACAGUGUAUGAAGGAGUGAAAAAGGCAGAAGAUGCGCUAAGCGAAGCCCUUGAAACAAAAAUAGCAUUACGGAAGGCAAAAUCUAACCAGGAGUCAAGGUUCUGCAGCCGAGUUUGCCAUUCUAUGAUUGAUGAAGUGCCCAAAAGCUACUACUCCCUCGUCUCGCGAAGACAGAAAGAUGCCAUAUAUUAUNCUUGCUCAGGGUCCAUGAAUGUUCAAAUGAGAAACAUACCAUAAUUUGUGUUUAUUGAUGAGACUAUACUACAGCGGAUAUUGAGUUCCAUAGUGUGGGGCGAAAAGGAGUUGUGUGUGUGUUAUUAUUUUACAGUAAUGGUCGGAGUGAUUCCAAAAUCUGUUGCUAUUUUUAAUAUAAAAAAUUUUAAAAAUGUUUGGACACUAAAUCUUUAAACCUAUGUGGUAUCUAUAUGUCUUAUGAAAAGUUUUUUUUUUUUUUUUUUAAAUGCUGUCCGCUCUCCAAUCAGUUGCAAAUAGUACGUAACAUGUUUUUAUUACACUUUUCAUAUCAUAUCAAAAUUAUGUAGGUUCUCAAAAAUUGAAAUAACAAAUAUUUUACACUAUUGAUUUAAUUCUGCUGCUUAGGUUGAUUUUUAAAAUCGAUUUGCUUUUCUCUCACUUUCCAAAGGAGGGGGACAUAGCUCUGGUGCAUCACUAAUGACCGACGCGGGCUAUGUUUCCGAUGAUUCAGACCAAGUUUUUGGUGAGAUCAAUAUGUCAACAUCUGCAUUUAAAAAUAUUCUGAAUCAUUCCCAGAUCUUAAAUUAGUGGAAAUAUUGAAGUGAAGCUAACCUUUUCAGAAUACAAAUCGUGUUUCUUAAAAUUUUAAUGUAUUUAGCGUGGAAUAUUCUGUUAAUUAUGUUGUCUCAAGUAAAAGAUAUCCGAGAUUUCCCCUCAGAAAUUACAUGAAAUUUAGCAGUUUUCCCCACAGGUUGGGUAGUGUUAAAAUACUGGUGUUAUAAAAGCUCUUGAGGUUUGCAAAAUAAUGGGUAAAAUGAAUAAUAAUCAAUCAUAAAGUGUGAUUGAAUAAUUCAAAACUGAUCAAUAAAGCCCUUAAAUGGUUUACUUUCUUACGAGAAAACAUUUUGAUUAAUUUUCAAAAUCUCUAGUGUCGAUUAAUUGUUAUAACCAAUCUUCCUACAGUUGAUAAAGGGCUAUUUCGAUUCGAAUAUGCUGACAUUGGCAGUGUCAAAAAUACUAAAACAAUUCAUCGAUCAGAGUGUACAAAAAAUCCAGGCCACUUUGCAUAUUUUCCCAUCAAUGGUAUCAAAGAGGAACAAAUCCCAUCCAAGUGCAGACAUCCAGAGUUUAUCAAAUUCCUGAAUCUGCUCGCCAUUCUCACCGUCAGAAUUGUCAUAUCUGUCACAAGCAGAGAUCGGAACAGGAAUGACCCAGCACUCAGGCCUACCCCAGGAACCAAUGAGCGUCGCUACAGAACUGGGACAGGGUUCGUAUCAUUAACAGAGCAUGACGACCUUCCCGGCCAGAAUGACCCGUUGGAUGACAACCAUCGCAGAACAUGGGGGAAUAUUAAAAAGUAUGUGAAGACCCUGGUGAAAAAGAACAAAGAACUGAUUUAUGUCGAGACCAACAGACACCUGGUGUUCAACGACGAAGAGGCCGCCAACACCACGGUGGAGUUUUUCUACGAUGACCCCGGUCAGAAAGGGGUCAAGGUCAUCAGAGGGGUCGGGGUGAUCCACAGUAAGAUCAUCGGCGACCACAGGUCAAUCCUCGUGUGCCAGACCUCGGAUCACGACCUCCUCCAUCAGCUGAACAGAACCAGGGAGGAGGCGUUGGAGCUGGCCGAGAGGUUACCGCGGAGGGCCAAAGAGGCCAUGUGCAAGAAGCUGUUCAUCAUCAACCACCCACACGGCGGUGAGAAGGUUUUGUCCUACGGUGACUCGGUCAUGGUCAAAUAUGAUUUACAGAAGGACUCCAGGGGGAGGUUUAACAUGACGAAGCUCAAUAAUCCCCAACAAGGUAUGACUACUCUAUAUAUUGUAUCGCAUGCCGUAGAUCAAUUUAAAGACAAUAGCUAAUCCAGAAAGGGAAUGUCAUGGCUAAGUUGACAGUAAAUGACAGUCUAAAUUUAAAAACAAAAGUUAACUUUUUGAAAAAAACGAGGCAAAGAAAACAUUAAAGUAAAAAUACUCUCCACAAAUGUGUACACUAAAACAUUAUUUUUGUACUAAUUAGUGAUUUAGAGCUAUGGUUCUUAUAUUAUUUUUUUUCAUUAAAAAAUGAACUCUUGCCCCUUAACCCACGAAAAGUAAACAUCAUCGAGAAAAGCAGUUAGCAAGAUCCACGUUAGAAGAAAAGAACACCCUCAAUUUCUAAUCUAAAUACACACAAAAGAAGCUUUUUUCAAUAAUAAAGUCCUUAACGUGAUAACUAAACCUUUUGAAUAGCAUAGUUUUGAGCAAAAGCUUUAGAUAUUUGACAAUUUUUGCUAUUUUUUGUUAAAAUUCAGUGCUGAAUUUUUUCUCUGUACAAUUCCUGGAGUUGGUGAAGUGACAACGGUCGUAAAAAUUCUAACUUAACAAAAGAUUCAAAUUCCAACCUUAAAAAAUCUGAAGUCUAUUUUUUUGCUUGCGGCAAAGUACGACGAACGACGUAUAACUAACUGAGUGGCACCAAACACAUAGUAGGAAACAAAAUAACUCUAAAUACGUAAAUAGUGAAAUUUGGUAACAAAAUUAGAGCUGCUAAAAUUAUAUUUUAAGUAUUUGCAUCACUUCCUUGCAAAUGCAAAUUAUUAUGACAUAGAGAUAUUUUCUGGUAUGUAGUCUUUAAAUUUAAUUUUAAGUAAGUAUGGAAUUUUUAAAAUGUAAUCCAGAAAUAUUGGACUAUAUUAUUGUGUUAGCUCUACCCUCCGUACAUUCCCUUUUUUGGCACUGAAUAACCUUCCUGAAACUGUAAACCUAUGUCAAAGUUCUAAGUAGAGGCCCUCAAUUUUUUGAGUCACGGUGCCCCUUGCCGUAUUACCGAAGCGCCCUAUAUUAAGUUCUUACAACCCUCAAUAUUUAAUAAAAACUAAUUUAUUUUCAACAAUACAAAUCAGAAGACAUACUUAUUUGGCAUCACCUGACUUAAGCGCAACAUUAUUCAGUUGGUAUAAUCACCAAACAAGAAACAGAUACAGCAUUAAGAAAUCGUGAAACACGAAUUCAAAGUAUAAGAUAAGUUAGCGAAACCACUGACCAAUGGGUAAAUGUGAUCUAGAGAUAAAUACUGGGUGGAAAUAACAACUGAAUAUUAAUUAACGGAAAUAUAAAAAUCUAUCUUUGAAACGCCUAUUUGUCGUCUAAAAGUAUUGAAAUAGCAAUUAGCAUUUUGUUACUUGCCAAUAUAGGGGCGUAAGUGACUUCUUUCGACAGGGAGAGGGAUAAACCUUAGCCACCCUUUGAACACUCAUCGAGUAUGGGUCAUUAAAAAAAUUAUCUUGACCUUAUUAGCGGGUCCUGACCCUGGGGCCUCCCAACAACCACCACCCCCCUGGCCAGAUACCCCUUUUUGACCUAGACAUUGUUUCUAUUGCCUCAAUGUCGUCUUGUUUCUAUUCGUCGCCAAGUGGCAGACAAGGACAAUGUGAGAAAAGUUUUGCUGUAUGCAGCGGAUACCUGUGAGGGGUCAUCGGGCGCCCCCAUUUUCACGUUUAAAAGAGGGCCCCCUGACCACCAGGGUCAGCCGACACUGGUACUAGAUGUCUGGAUGCACAACGGAGUGGACAAAGCUCACAGCCUAGGGGGUUCUGUCAUGAAAGGUAAACAUAGACGAGGUAUCUAUAGACAUGAAUUCCCGUUCCUCUAUGUUAAAAUAGGGAUAAUAUGAAACUAGUGGCUCAAAGACCAGAUCUUUGAUUGCAGAGAAAAAAAGUAGCAAGUCAAAGAGUAACGAGGCUCAUAGAAAUAUGUAAGAGUCAUGCAGGACGUACGUCCACUCCCAUAAGAGAUCGAAGACGCAGACUAUUUGUUAAACAAAAAUUGAUUAAGAAACUUUCCCCUAAAAAUACAGAUAAUACAUCAGACGCUAUGGGGCAUUAUAUGCAAUAUCACUAACAAAAAUUUUUAAGGGGUAAUUUUUUUAUCGCAUUUUAUCACAUCAUUAAAAAAAACGAUUUUUAAAAAAAGCUACACGUUAUUUUACCCGGACCAAGAGCAAAGUCAAUGGCGUGAUGAAACACGAGAUGGACUUUCAUACAGGAUGUCACGUUAAGAACAUACUUGGAAUUUAUACCCUAAUACUAAUAUAAACCAAACUUCCUGACUUGUAUCCUGUUGGGACUUUCUCAACCUUCAGACUUACUUUCAGUGUAACCAAUGUCAGACACGACACGUGCCACAAUUGUUAAUUUUUUUUAGUUUAAAAAAAAUUAUAACCAAUCGGUUAACGGUUUAAAAAUAGAAGGAAAAAAAAACAAGUUUGAAUUAUUACCUACCUGCAACCUCUUCCUAGAUCAGUGUAUAAAUCUGCAAGGGUCACGCCGACUUCUCAUAAUAUUAAAUAAUAUAUCACAAUGUGUCCAAUUAGUAAAAACGGGAAAAUCCUAAAUAGCUUUGUAGUGAAUGUUGUCAUUUAAUAGCAUGUUAAAGUAAUUUAGCUUUCCACUCAUAAGUGUCAGUUGAGACCCGAAUGUAAACAAAACAAUGAUAAGAUUGGGAUGAGCCGUGGAUACUUUGAGAAGGAAACUAUGGUUUACUUAACUCAUUCUCUUGGUGACGCUGUCAAAUCAAUUGAGAAAAAAUAACAAAACAAUUUUUUUUUAUUUUUAGUCAAACCGUACAAGCAGGCAUUUGCAAUCCACCAACCGUGUCAUUAAUCAAGAGAUGCUAGAUGAUAAGGAGCUUUGUGGAUAGUUUGAUCACAGUUAAUUAAACAUCGAAAAAAACCAACAACUAGAUUUUUACACUUUGACAAGAACUUCACCCAAAACCCAUUUUAACAUAUGACAUUCCUCUCAUCCCUUACAUACCACUAGUCCCACACGUCCUACUCAUGACAUACAACCCACACAACCCACACAUCCAACAGGUCACACACAUCACACACAUAGCACACGUCACACACGACCCAACACAUGUGUAUGUCGUAUUCGAAAAACAGUAACCCAUGACCAUUUUUUUUUGGUAGUGUGCUCACCAGACGACUUUGUAGUCCAGCAAUCUCAGGACACGGCCCAUCAGUCAGCUGACAGUGAUAACGAAGAGGGUCCUGGGCACCAAGAGGUGACCUCCCCUGUGUUCAAAGUACUGAGCCAUCCAUCAUACCCGGUGUAUAUCACGUACCAGAAGCGUAUGGAAAGUUAUGUGUCCUGGGUGUUCUCACAAAUUCACUCCCCUGAAUACCUUGCCCAGGCCGGAUUUUUCUACGCAGGUAUGGCUCUUUGUGUAUGAUUAUAAGAAAUAUUUCUAGUCAGGUACAGGUCUCACAAUAUUAUUAUAUGAAAAACAUUUUGGUAUUUUUGAAUGAUGAUAUUAAAAGUAUAUUUUAACAGGUACAGGUCUUUUUUUAAUGAUUAUAAGAAAUAAUCUUUUGCAGGUAGAGGUAUUUGUAUAUGAUUAUGUGAAAUAUAUCAAUGCAGGUAAUGCAGGUAGAUGUCUUUGUGUAUGAUUAUAUGAAAAAAUAUCAAGGCAUGUAGAGGUUUUUGUGUAUGAUAAUAUGAAAUAUAUCAAGGCAGGUAGCGCUGUCUUUGUGUAUGAUUGUGAUUGAAUGAAUUCAUAUGCAGGUAUAAGGCCCCGGGUUUGAUUUAUCAAAAUAAAUUUCAAUUUGUUUCCCAAGUAAACAAUCAACAACUAUUCAUUAGCUCAUCAGAAAAAUGGUGCAACACUAUUUUAUUUUCAUUUGUAAAUGUUUGUUAAUAUAUUUUAUAAUGAAAGUGUGCAAUAAUGCAUAUAUUUACAAAUGUAUCUACACAUACAUUUUUGCUUGACAUGUUUCUCAGGCUACUCGGACUGUGUCCGGUGCUUCCAGUGUGGUCUGGGCCUGAGGUCUUGGAAGGCCGGUGAUGAUGUUUACCAACAGCACCAGAAACACAGACCAAAUUGUCCAUAUUUACAGGCCCAUGGAAAACCCGUCGGUGAACACAACCACACUGAGGCGAAUAGGACAGCGGAGAGUGAAACCGGUAUACCUGCUGUUUCAAAAAAAUGUCAGCAUGUUUGUUUAGGGAAAGAUAGAAAUAUUAAUAUAGUUAAGGAUGUAAAUUGCAUGACACAUGUUACGACUGUAUUUUUCGUUAUUUAAAAUGUAUCAAGAUUGCAACCCAGUUAAAACACUGUUGGUUUAUUUCAUUUUAUUUUCUCUAUUGCUAAUUCAAAGGUAACGAACUUGACGUCACAAAGAACACGACCCUGACAUUGCUCGAGAAGGAAAACAGUAAACUGCAAGAGCAGCUGACGUGCAAAGUGUGUCACAAACAGCCCAUCAAGGACCUGUUCCUGCCGUGCGGGGAGCUCUAUGCGUGCACCGAGUGCUCCAAGCUGCUGACCCACUGCCCGUCUUGUAACAAACAGAUCCUGGCAACGGUUACCACGUAUUUCAGCUAGAGCUCGAGGUCAGUUCUUAUCCGUGUUCAACGAUGAGGUUGUCGUCUGGCAUGUCCGGUAAAAAGAAAAACACGGCUUGCCGGAGACAGACUUAUUCAAAACAGACUUCUAAGAUAACAAUCAUUUGGCUACAUUUCUAUUUCUAUUAUUGCAGAUUAUAUUUUUUCUUUUAUGCUCCUUUUUUUUUUAGUUGCCAUUCAUGCAUGCAUUUGAAAUUAGACCAACCAUUACACAUUUAUAAAGUAGUAUUCUAGUUACACGGCUAAGGCACAAUUUAAUCAUUGCUGCACUAUGAAGAUUAUAUCUAAACACCUAAAGAUUAUAUUAUUCUAUACAUUUGACAGGGAUGUCCAUGAAGUAAUCUUGACUUCCGCCAACUCCAUGAGUGGACUGUGAAGUCAAACAGAAAUGUGACCCUACACAAAGCAUCAGGCACGCAACGUCCUCUUCAAAGUCACAAAAUACGCUGAGGCUCUAAGGGAAUUGAGACUUUAUCGUUGAAGUUAACAUCUAAUCAGUUCAUCAAAACUUAAUGCUAAAAAUUUAACUUUUUCAAUAUCUAACGGAUAAAAUUGAAACUUGCAGCAACUUUUUUUAAAAAUCAGAGCACAAUGCAUGUCAAGCAUUUUAAACAAAAUUCAAUUUUCCCACCGACCUCUCUUUGCUCGUAGUUUGAAAAUAAUCAAUUUGUUUUGUUUUUUUCGGCGAAUUGCAAGACAAUUAAGGAGCUACUGCUUCCUCUAGAAUGAUAUACCCAAUAUAUUGAUGUGCCUUUGUUUAGAGACUGUCUUACAAUAAAAGCCUGCGUGUAUAAAUAUAUAUUACGUUGUUCACCAUGGCGAAGUUACGAUGGAUCUUUUGCGUAAAUAAUGAAAACCAGAAGAAGAUUAGUGGAUAUAGUCUUCCAAUACGAACGCAGCCAUUGUCAUGGUGAUGGCGACGUUAUAAACAUGUAGGGUGGUUGCCCUUGGCGCGUUAGAUCUAAGCUGUUAAGAUGGCGACGUUAUCAACAUCCAUGCUGGUUGCCCUUGGCGCGUUAGAUCAAAGCUGCUCAAGAUGGCGACGUUACAGGAAAACGGCUCACCGUGCUACCACGCGGUAGCGGCACGCACGCCGUGCUGUACUCUUCACCGGUUCAAGGUACGGUUUCUUUUCGUCUGUCGAGUUGCAUGGCCGUGCAGGCUCUUGUACGGGUUUUAUACGUCUGACGAGUUGCACGGCCGUGCAGGCUCUUGUACGGGUUUUAUACGUCUGACGAGUUGCACGGCCGUGCAGGCUCUUGUACGGGUUUUACACGUCUGACGAGUUGCACGGCCGUGCAGGCUCUUGUACGGGUUUUAUACGUCUGACGAGUUGCACGGCCGUGCAGGCUCUUGUACGGGUUUUACACGUCUGACGAGUUGCACGGCCGUGCAGGCUCUUGUACGGGUUUUACACGUCUGACGAGUUGCACGGCCGUGCAGGCUCUUGUACGGGUUUUACACGUCUGAUGAGUUGCACGGCUGUGCAGGCUCUUGUACGGGUUUUACACGUCUGAUGAGUUGCACGGCCGUGCAGGCUCUUGUACGGGUUUUACACGUCUGACGAGUUGCACGGCUGUGCAGGCUCUUGUACGGGUUUUACACGUCUGACGAGUUGCACGGCUGUGCAGGCUCUUGUACGGGUUUUAUACGUCUGACGAGUUGCACGGCCGUGCAGGCUCUUGUACGGGUUUUACACGUCUGACGAGUUGCACGGCCGUGCAGGCUCUUGUACGGGUUUUCGCUGGAUUCAGAAAGUACGUUAUUUUUUAUUAUUUGUUGUUUUUUUUUUGCACAAGACACCUGUUCUACACUGUCCGUAUAGUAAAUUAAAAGUUGCACACCAAGAAGCGUAUAUUCUAUUGGCCCGUUCAAAAUGACAAAGUUUAGGAUCGGUAUGCCAUCUAAAUAUAGAAAAUGAGCGCGGUUUUCAUUUAAUAUCAUUUAUUGUUAAUACCAAGAAGGCGUAGUGAGGUAGUGACGACUUCCAUUAGUAAACCAUACUUGAACAUUACACAUCCGUUUGUGAAAUUCUUAACCAGAUCUUAGGUGUUAGUAGGUUUUCGUUUUAUUUCUAUUAAAUAAUUACAUUUAUAUUUAAAAUAAAUACCAAUGACCAGCAUCAGUCACUACUCAUUAUAUAUUACUACGGCGCCGUUUAACUCCAUUUAAAAUGACACAUCACACCUAGGACUCUAACAGUUAUUUUUGUACCGCACAAUUAUUAGACGAAAGUCUUGCUACAGACUAAAUGUAAGAAACAACGAAAAACACAAAAAAGUAUUUUUAAGACUAAAAAAAAAUAUGUACG